CCUAGCGUGAAGAGGCACGGUGGAAUGACAUCCACAUAAGUGUACCCUAUACACGAGAGGGUUCUCUCGCUCAUCCUUCAACUCUGAUCACAACUGCGGUCGACGUUGCUUGACCUCGACUACCAGGAAAGUCUGCCGACGCUUUGAUCCGCGCUUUGAGUUUUCCAAUUGACUGCCGAGGCACCUGACGAUGAGCCUUAUCUGUCCGUCUAGACCUGGGCUAGCAAGAGAGUACGCCACCACGGCAUCUUCGACUGCGGCCGCGCAGAGAUGAAACACAAGCACGAACAGCAACGGGCCUGUGACCGCUGUCACGCAACCAAGGAAUGUUGUCGCCGUUUAAAUGGUUCGCAGGUCUGUGAGAGAUGCCGGCGACUAGGGCGCCUCUGUGAAACCCGUCGGCAGUUGAAUCGACCUGGCCGCAAACCUCGAGCGCAGAAGGCCCUUUUAGCAACAACAGCAGAUUGGACUCGAGACCCGAUAUGUUUCAGUCCUCAGUCUUCUGCUUCUAUUGCCCCGGAAGCUGAGAUAGGAACUCAAUGUCAGCUCGUUGCUGUGCCACGAGAUCUAUCGCCCUUCGGCGGCCUGACACCGCCCGAACAACAAUCCCUGGUCGUUAUAUUGGACAAGGACAGGUUCUUUGAGCGUUUUGUCCUGGGCCCGACCUUUCAAGAUGAUCAUUUUCGCGCUAUUAUCACGCGGCUCUAUACCGCCAUGCCGUUGCUCAAAGACGCUUUUCUGGCGUGCGCUGGCAUCUUCGCGGACAGCCCGGUUCCGGGCACACCACGCCUCAACGAGGCCUACUACUAUCAGCAAGCCACUUCAGGCCUCGGUACUUUUCGUUCCUUUCAGAUCACCAGCGCAGGAGAUACCUCUCUCUAUUUGAGCCUUGCCCUGGCAGUUUUGACCUUCAACAUCCACGUGGUCGGAGGCAGCGCCUUCCGGCUCUGCAGAUACACGCUCCCUGCGCUGCAAUCUUUGAAUGACUGCCGCGCAGAGAUUGACCAUGAUGACUUCGCGUUCCUGAUUUGCAUUCUGCAUACGGAACUUGAGGGAUGUUUGUUUCGCAACGAGGUGCCCAGCUUUCGAUUUCAGAUCCGGCCUGAAGGCUUCAUGAACCGGUACCUAGGGUUGUCAGCACCUCUGCUCUCCUACGGCUACGACCUCUGUGUGCUAUCCACCAAGCUCCACCAAGCGGACGAAAAUGGCCGUCAGAGUUUGUUGGUGCAACUGCAGUCUCUUGAAGCUGAGAUCUCUGCAUGGAGACCUACUUACCCGGCGGACUUUUUGAGCCGAUAUUCCCAAGCGGAGGUGGCGCAUAUGCUUUCGCAGGUGCAAAUCUUCCGUCAGAGUCUCUUGUUAAUCGCUCAUCGACUCCGGCAUCCCUUUGGAACUUGUGUGGAUCGCUCCGAAGUGCUCUCCGACAUGAUUCUCGAGCAGUUUGACUCGAUCUCCAGUCUGGUUAACAGGACUGUCGUGUCAAUGGAUUUCGCCCUUCUAGUUGCAGCGUUCGAAGUUCGCGACCCAGCAAAACGCAAAGAUGUUCUGGACAAGGUCUCCCUUUUCCAAGAUCUCCCGGUGACGUACCAGACCCGGUUGAAGUCCAUUCUGUGCACUUUCUGGGAGACAGCGGAUGAGAAAUCCGGGCUGCUUUGGUUUGAUCUGGAUCGCUAUCUGGCACCGUAUCUGGAUUAAACAGGCACCUAAGACUACUUGAGUUCCACAUCACUCUCUGCAAGACAAGUUAAUCUGUCAUGAGCCGGCUACGUCGACUACUGGUUAUCUUUUGGGGUGCCUUUGACUCCAUUUUGGCAUCGAUACAGCUUGGGCACCAGCCGCAGGCAAAGACAAGAGUUCUCCUACGCUCUAUUGGGUCUUACAGGAGGCGGAGCUCCUUACUCCGCUAUACCCCCGUUCAGGGACUCUGUAAGAGAAGCAACAGCCCAAGGCCUCUUCAGAUGCAUUGUGCGGAGAAGACAAGGCAGGAAGAUCUGCCCGCGGACCAGCCCUUAGGUCCCGCCACCGACGAGAAAGGGCCUCCUCUAAUUGAUUUGAUUUGGUCCUUCCGGCGUAGCCAGCUCAAAAUAGCUGGCGAAAAGCGAACUCAAAGACAUGAACGAGAGCGGAGACUACCUGGAGAUGCUCAGAAUGGAUGGCAGAGCCGGUCGCACCUUCAGAGACAAGUGCAUCUGCCAGAAUACGCCCACUUGGAUGCUCAACUCUCGGUAAAACCAUCGAGCUAGUAGAUCACAAGCGAAGCGACUACCCCAUGCAGACUUGUACUUGACGAAACUUCAACACAGCUUCAUACGACGGGACGUCGGCACAGAGACAGCAGUAUCGAGUUCUUUCCGGCAGCUUGAUAAUCAUCUUGGAUGGUUAUAAAGGAGCGGCGGUAACAGUGGCAGUGCCGGCAUUCAUCAUGAUGCCACAAUCUGCAAAGAUCUAAGCCAGGGGAGGUUGAGGCAGUCUUACUUCCUGUUCUCGAGCAGUAUUUGGGGAAAUCGCCUUCGGCAUUGGCUUUUGAAGUCUCUUUCGAGUAUGAAGGCAAAUGAUGUUACCGCAGUCGACGCCUGCUUGCUGGUAAGGAUGCCCCGCAGAAAUUUCCAUUGUGAGAGGCAGCAAGGGACUUCUAAGCAGAAGAGAUGCGUUGAAAUGUACCGGUCGCUGAAAGGGUGGGCAGGAUGGACAAGUCCGCCGUUAGAUAUGUAGCCCAGGUAGCACAGCGAGAAGAGCUAGCGAGGUGGACGGUCCCACUGCUUGGAAAGGUUGGUGCUUUCCUGGAAGUACGUUCAUCAAUAACCCAACCUCAGGCAUGGGUGUUGCUGUCCAAGGCAGAAGGAGGACCAACUCGGAGGCGGGAUAUUUACAAGGCUCAUCAGGCGAGCGUAGGAUCCAAAUUACAAUCGUUCUGAUGCACUGUCUGAGUUGUCUGAUGAGGUUGUUCCAAGG